CACAAGGCAGCCUCGCUCGCGCGCAGGCCAAUGGGCUUUCUGGCUAGAGGGUUUAACUCCUAUUUAAAAAGAAGAACCUUUGAAUUCUAACGGCUGAGCUCUUGGAAGACUCGGGUCUUUGGGUCGCAGGCAUCAUGGACCGAUCUAAAGAAAACUGCAUUUCAGGGCCUGUUAAGCCUGCAGCUCCAGUUGGAGGUCCAAAACGUGUUCUCGUGACUCAGCAAUUUCCUUGUCAGAAUCCAUUACCUGCAAAUAGUGGCCAGGCUCAGCGGGUCCUGUGUCCUUCAAAUUCUUCCCAGCGUGUUCCUUUGCAAGCACAAAAGCUUGUUUCCGGUCACAAACUGGUUCAGAAUCAGAAGCAGAAGCAAUUGCAGGCAACCAGUGUACCUCAUCCUGUCUCCAGGCCACUGAGUCAUACCCCAAAGAGCAAGCAGCCCCUGCCGUCGGCACCUGAAAAUACUCCUGAGGAGGAACUGGCAUCAAAACAGAAAAAUGAAGAAUCAAAAAAGAGGCAGUGGGCUUUGGAAGACUUUGAAAUUGGUCGCCCUCUGGGUAAAGGAAAGUUUGGUAAUGUUUAUUUGGCAAGAGAAAAACAAAGCAAGUUUAUUCUGGCUCUUAAAGUGUUAUUUAAAGCUCAGCUGGAGAAAGCCGGAGUGGAGCAUCAGCUCAGAAGAGAAGUAGAAAUACAGUCCCACCUUCGGCAUCCUAAUAUUCUCAGACUGUAUGGUUAUUUCCAUGAUGCUACCAGAGUCUACCUAAUUCUGGAAUAUGCACCACUUGGAACAGUCUAUAGAGAACUUCAGAAACUUUCAAAGUUUGAUGAGCAGAGAACUGCUACUUAUAUAACAGAAUUGGCAAAUGCCCUGUCUUACUGUCAUUCGAAGAGAGUUAUUCACAGAGACAUUAAGCCGGAGAAUUUACUUCUUGGAUCAGCUGGAGAGCUUAAAAUUGCAGAUUUUGGGUGGUCCGUACAUGCUCCAUCUUCCAGGAGGACCACUCUCUGUGGCACCCUGGACUACCUGCCCCCCGAAAUGAUUGAAGGUCGGAUGCAUGAUGAGAAGGUGGAUCUCUGGAGCCUUGGAGUUCUUUGCUAUGAGUUUUUAGUUGGGAAGCCUCCUUUUGAGGCAAACACAUACCAAGAGACCUAUAAAAGAAUAUCACGGGUUGAAUUCACAUUCCCUGAUUUUGUAACAGAGGGAGCCAGGGACCUCAUUUCAAGACUGUUGAAGCAUAAUCCCAGCCAGAGGCCAAUGCUCAGAGAAGUACUUGAACACCCCUGGAUCACAGCAAAUUCAUCAAAACCAUCAAAUUGCCAAAACAAAGAGUCAACUAGCAAACAGUCUUAGGAAUCAUGCAGGGGGAGAAAUCCUUGAGCCAGGGCUACUGUAUAACCUGUCAGGAACAUGCUACUGAAGUUUAUUUUACCAUUGUCUGCUGCCCUCAAUCUAGAACGCUACGAGAAAGAUUUGUUUUACUGAGCAGGUGUGCCUUAACUUUCCUAUUCAGAAAGCUCCACAUCAAUAAACAUGACACUCUGAAGUGAAAAUAGCCAUGAGAAUUGUGCUACUUAUGCUGAUUCAUAAUCUGGAGGCAAGGUUCGACUGCAGCUGCCCCGUCAGCCUGUGCCAGGCACGGUGUCCCCACAGGAGGCAAAUCCAGAGGCUGGCUGUGGGGAAAGUGACCACUUUGCCUUGACCUGGUGUUAAGGAGCUGUGCAAUAACCUUCCAAGUCCCUGAGUGAGUGUGUAACUUAUUGGGUUGGCCAUGCCUGGUAAAGCUGUUGGAAUGAGUAUGUGAUUCUUUUUAAGUAUGAAAAUAAAGAUAUUUGUACAGACGUGUA